AUGGCUCCGCAAAAACAGCCCGAACGCCUCAAGCACGUCGCCGAGAAGGCGACGUCCAACAACCCCUCGCAGCUCGGCGACCCCGUCUCCCUCAAGGCCGAGGUCUCGCCCCUGUCGCCGACGGAAGACGACCUCGGCGCCGCCUCCUCCCCCUCCCCCAAGAAGUCGUCGUCGUCGUCGUCGAAGCAGGGUGCGGGCGGCGCCGCGGGGGCCAGAAACUCGGACGGCUCGCCCGUGGCGGGGCCCGAGAAGAAGCGGCUGAAGCAGGUCGCCGAGGAGAACAUGGAAGCCGGGAACCCGACGCAGCUUGGGGACCCGGUGAGCCUCAAGGCGGAGACGAGCGAGACGGAGCCCGGGGGCAGGGCGGACGGGCAGAGGAGGGAGAAGUCGAAGCUCUGA